AUCCUUGUUGUUUGGGUGCCUAACAGAAGAAAUGGACCCUCACCUUUUCAGUUACCACUUACAGAGUUUCAGACAAAAACACGCUUUGCAUGGUAAUAGGGCUCUUCAGGGUUUGCCGCGUGCGUUUCACUGUUGGCGGAAGGGACAUCGAUGGUUAGGGAACUGGAAAUUGUGGAAAUGUGUUUCGCUCCUCCCACAGCACGUCAUUAAGGUCUGAAACUCUAAGUGUAUUUUUAUGUUGCGUUUUUAUUAAAUUCUAAAAUACUACACUAUGAGAACUAUCUCUUUUUAUUGUGCCUGGUAGAAAUUUGAGGUUAUAUACAAGCAGCAAGUUGGGAAUAUAGAAAGAAAAGAGAAGAUCUGUGGUACCCCCACCGCCAGAUAUAAGUGAGUUUGACCCCCAGACUGAAAAGCUCAGGGUCCAUUUCUUCUGAUUCCUGUUUAUUUUUUCAACAACAAUGGCAAAGAUUAACUACAAAGGACUGCUUUUAAACUUCUGUUUGACAAAUAAAUCAACACCCAUGUUUCUUUGUGAACCCACUGGACCUUCUCAUGACCGCAGAUUCAUUUGUAAAGUCUUUAUUGAUGACACAUUGCUUGGUGAAGCAGAAGGAAAGCAAAAGAAGGAAGCGGAGAACAAAGCAGCAAAAAAAGCACUAGAAUCUCUAGGAUAUGAAGGUGCUGAGUUUCAGCCUGAUUUUAUUUCCCUACUAAGCCAAUUCUGUCAGAAAAAAGGUUGGACUUUCAACUUUGUAAAGGCUGCUCGCAUUGGACCUUCACAUGAUCCUGAGUUUGCUUGUAGUGUAGAAGCCAACAAAACAAUAUUUCCUCAAUCUAGUAGGAAGAAAAAUAAAAAACUGUCAGAAAAGGAGGCUGCUUAUUUAGCUCUUAAGGAGCUGAAGAAAGACUUUCCAGAUGAUAUUCAGGAAUUACCUGAAUUUUUUAAAGAUGAGUCCAAAUCUGAAAACUGGUCGUGCUCUGGAAGCACUAGUGAUGCAAGUCUGGAUGCAAGCACUGGUGAAAAUGGACUGGCCCGAUUAACAACUAGUGACUCUAGUUUGGAUAGAAGCACAGCUGAAUGUGGACUGCAACAAUCAACUGCUGCAUCAGAGCAUCAGCAGAACUACACUGUACUAUUUUGUGAAUUCUGUCAGAAGAAAAAAUUGAGCUACAAUUUUGUGGACACGCCCCUUGGUGGACCUUCACAUAUGCCCCAAUUUAGUUGCAGAGCAGAAAUCGAUGGAAAAAAAUAUCCUGAAACUAAACCACAUGCAUCAAAAAAGCUGGCUAAAAAGGAGGCUGCAUUUCUUGCAUUGAUGGAACUCAAAAAAGAAUUUCCUCAGGAUUUUCCAGUAAUCUCAAGUGAUUUCAUACCUGGAUUCCCUAGUGCAAGACCUUCUAUUUUAAGCACUAACGAUGUAAGUCUGGAUAGAGGCACUAGUGAAAGUGGACAGGCCCAAUUAACAGCUGAUUACUCUAGUUUGGAUAGAAGCACCACUGAAAAUGGACUGCAACAAUCAACUGCUGCAUCCGAGCAUCAACGAGACUACAAUGCUGCACUUCAUGAAAUCUGCCAGAAGAAAAAAAUAAUCUUGAACUUUGUGGACACGCACCUUGGUGGACCUUCACAUCAGCCCCAAUUUAGUUGCAGAGCAGAAAUCGAUGGCAAAAAAUAUCCUGAAAGUAAACCGCAUGCAACAAAAAAGCUGGCUAAAAAGGAGGCUGGAUUCCUUGCAUGGAUGGAACUCAAUAAAGAAUUGCCUAGGGAUAAUGCAGAAAUCCCAAGUGGUUUUAUACCUGGAUCUCAGAGUGCAAGCUCUUCUAUUUUGAGCCCAAGGGACAGGACAUCGGCUGAAAGUGGUAUAGCUGGCGUAGCAACCAGCAGUUUUGAGGUUACUUUUCACUCUUCAUGUCCAACACCUUCAAAUCCAGAAAGGAAAUCUGCAAAAAGUGGACAAGACCGUUUAUCACGUGCAGAUUCUGAGAUGUCAUCUCAAUCUACCUCAAGUAGUUUUAGCAGUGGCUCGAACACAUAUCAAAAUCCACUUAAAGAUUUUAAGGACAUCACUAAACUAGCUUCAGGAUCAUUUGGCCGCGUGUUCAAAGCAAGGAAAAUUCUGGAUGACAUGGACUAUGCUGUGAAAGAAAUACCUGUGAGACCCAAGCGUAAAGGACAUUUAGACGAAGUAAAGGCUUUAGCUCGUCUUGAACAUCCAAAUAUUGUGCGCUACUUCAAUGCUUGGUGGGCAGACAGCCCUGUCUACAUCUCAGAUGGCAGUGAAAAUAGUAGUAGCUCAAGUGACUUGAAACAAGCUGAACUGUAUCUUUUUAUUCAAAUGGAAUUAUGUGUAAAAGGAUCCUUAAAACAAUGGAUUAAGGAGAGAAACUCUAAAAAAACUGUUGACAAGAGUCGUAGCCUGCAGUUUUUUAAGCAGAUAAUUGAAGCCAUAAAAUAUAUUCAUUCACAAAAGCUUAUUCACAGAGACCUUAAACCUGCAAAUAUUUUUUGUAAUAAAGCAAUGAUAAUAAAAAUAGGAGAUUUUGGCCUGGUGACUCAAAUGACUGGGGAAGAUGAAAGCAAAGCACGGCAGCGGACUCAAGGAACUGGCACACCUAGCUACAUGGCCCCAGAACAGAGAGAUGGAAAUAAAUAUGAAAAUGAAGUGGACAUUUAUGCUUUAGGAUUAAUAUUUUUCGAACUUCUCUGGAUAUUUGAUUCAGUGCAUGAGAGAGCAAGUAAAUGGAUAAAAAUCCGUAAAGGUGACUUCCCUAUGGAAUUUUCAAAGCGUCAUCCUGUCGAGGUCUAUGAAAUAAAGAGAAUGCUGUCAGAAGACCCUGAGAAAAGGCCGUCGGCUGAAGAAUUACAUAACAUUUUUGAAACUAAUGAGAUUCUUGACUCAAAAACACAGUAAACCUAAGGCAACUAAAACUCUGCUACUGAGAGAUUUAUCCAUCAGAGAUAUAUCCAUUAUAAUAAUCAUGUCAUUAGCAGCAUAUUAAUUUCAGUGUGCUGUAAAUAAAGCAAUUGGCAAUGAGCCUUUUGUUAAAGCAAAACCAUUUAAUCUCCUAGAUUGUAAGCUCUACUAAGCAGGGCUCUCUGAUUCCUCCUGUAUCGAAUUGUAUUGUAAUUGUACUGUCU